AUGGCAGUGGACGCAAAAUCAGUACCUCUAGAAGACCAAGAAGAGCAAGAACGACAAGUGCAGCGCCAUGAUGCACCUGCACAUAACCCUUCCGCUCCGCCUGAUGAGUUCUUUGACAUCUCAACAACAGUAGAUCCUAGUUAUGUGAUCUCUCUGAUACGGAAGCUUCUACCGGCUAAUGCAAGUAAUAAUCACAACUCGCAUGGUGAUGUUUUUUAUUCCCAUGUGCUAGGAUUAGAUACUGAUCAUACAGAUAAGACUGCUCCCACUCUGUCUGGAGAUAGACUUCUGCACGUAUCAAAUGAUGGAUCUGAGAGCAUGGAAAUUGCUGAUGAUUUUCAUAAAAGUGCUCCUGAGGAAGGACAAAACAAUGGUUCAUAUGAUGGAGCUGAACAGUCUGGCCAUAGUGUCCCAGUGGGAGAAGAGGCUUGGGAAGAAUAUGGUUGCAUUUUAUGGGAUCUUGCUGCAAGUAAAACUCAUGCAGAACUCAUGGUGCAAAACCUUAUACUUGAAGUGCUUUUAGCGAACCUUAUGGUUUCACAAUCUGUGCGUGCUACGGAAAUCACCCUUGGAAUUAUUGGAAACCUUGCCUGUCACGAAGUUCCCAUGAAACAUAUAGUCUCUACAAUUGGAUUAAUUGGAACAGUUGUGGAUCAGUUAUUUUCAGAGGAUGCUCAGUGCUUAUGUGAAGCCUGCAGGCUGUUAACUGUGGGUCUUCAAAGUAGUGAACGCAUAUCUUGGGCCAAAGAAUUGCAGUCUGAACAUAAUCUGAGCCGUAUUUUAUGGAUUGCAGAAAAUAGCUUAAAUCCACAGCUUAUAGAAAAGAGUGUUGAACUCUUGUUAGCCACCAUUGAAAGUUCAGAGGAAGUUGUGCUCAUUCUCCUGCCACCUGUAAUGAAGCUGGGCUUAGCAAGUGUAUUAAUAAAUCUCUUGGAUUUUGAAAUGAGCCAAUUAUUGAGUGAAAGAGUGUCAGAAAGGUACCCGGUUCUUGAUGUAAUCCUCCGUUCCAUUGAAGCUCUUUCUGUUAUUGAUGGUCAUUCCCAAGAGAUUUGUUCAAACAAAGAUCUUUUUCGGCUAGUUUGUGACCUGGUCAAACUCCCUGAUAAAGUUGAGGUUACAAAUUCUUGUGUCACGGCUGGAGUUCUAAUUGCAAACAUUCUUUCAGAUGAACCAAAUCUAGCUUCAGAGAUAUCACAGGAUUUGCCUUUCUUACAGGGUCUGCUUGACAUAUUCCCCUUUUCUUCGGAGGAUUUGGAAGCAAGGAGUGCACUCUGGAACAUCAUUGCAAGGUUACUGGUUAGAGUUCAGGAAAAUGAAAUGAGCCAAUCAGCUCUCCAGCAGUAUGUUUCAGUUCUAGUUAGCAAAUCUGAUGUGAUUGAAGAUGAUCUUCUGGACUCCCAAUUAGAUGAAUUAAACUCAAAAGCCAGAACUACAUCUCUUAGAAGGAUCAUCAGUCUUUUAAAUCAGUGGACUGCUUCAAAGGAUGAUGACAAAGAGAAUGAAAUGAUGGGCAACCGACAUGUGGAUGAUAUAAACAUUGAUAGAUUGUUGGAUUGCUGUUGUAAGCAUUCUGAGUAUGCACCGCCUGCAGUUUCUCAGGACAUGGACUUCAAAGAAUAG